AACUGUCUACAGAUUAUCUCUCCUAGGCAUGCAAAAGGAGCCAUCACGUAGCACCUCUGCUCUUCAGGAAGCUCACUGGAAAGGAGGUGGACAGAACCUUCCACACUUGCAACUCAAAAUGUGCUCUAUGGCCAGCAGCCUUCAACUUCGUCUAGUAGCUUCUUAGAAAUUUAGUAUUUGCUGGGGUUGGGGUUGUGGCUCAGUGGUAGAGUGCUCGCCUAGAAAUUUAGUAUUUGGGGCCCCCUUCCAGACCUAUUCAGUAAGAAUCUGCAUUUUAAGAAGAUGCCCAUGCAAUAUGCAAUUCAAAGUUCGACGAGCAUUGGUUCAUAGGACUCCAGGUAAUGCAACGCGCCUAACUCUUUCGAACACCCGAGGCCCAAAUGGAGGCAGUCACUUAUUUCUCCUCCCGGAGUGGAUAGUCUUGUGGUGAGUGGUGGAGAAGCUUGGCAGGACAAGGUGCAGACUAGGUCCAGGGCGGUUCCUCCCGCGCCACGCCUCACUCCUGGGUCUCAGCGGGACGCGCUGUUGCUGUGGCAGCGCCCGGACACAGCAAGAGCAGUGGCUGCUGUGGCCUCCUCCUCUUACUCCAAAGGCCUCCCUGGACCCCAAACUCGGGCCCAGCCUCGGCUCCUCCAUGCCACGGAGGAGACGUCAGAGCCGGGUGAGCGCCCAGGAGGGCGGCCGGGAGGAAGAGGCGCCCCCGGAGGUGUCAACCUUGCCCUCAGCGCAGUCGCAGCCCCCACAGAAGUUCCAAGAGACCGCCGAUCCGGUUUUGCUCCGGGGCAUCUUCGAGAUCGGGAGGGGCAGCUGCGACGUGGUACUGAGCCAACGGGCCCUGAAGUGGUGGCCCAUUCAGCCCGAGCGCCCGGCGGGUAAUUAUAAAUUUGAUUUGCUAUGUAAAGAAGAAUCCCUUGAGCUCAAAAACAUAUUCUCCGUGAAGCUGAAGCGGCGUUGCUCUGCUAAGCAGCCAAGAAGUGGGACUUUACUAGGCAUCACACUUUUCUUCUGCCUGAAAAAGGAACAGAACAAAUUAAAAGAUUCCACCCUUGAUCUUAUUAAUUUAAGUGAAGACCACUGCGAUGUAUGGUUUAGACAGUUCAAGAAAAUUUUGGCAGGUUUUUCAAACAGGCCAAAGUCAUUAAAAAUACUCCUUAACCCCCAAAGUCACAAAAAAGAAGCUACCCAGGUCUAUUAUGAGAAGGUGGAACCUCUGCUAAAGCUUGCAGGGAUAAAGACUGAUGUCACAAUAACGGAAUAUAAAGGACAUGCUCUGUCCCUGCUUAAGGAAUGUGAACUCCAGGGAUUUGAUGGUGUUGUAUGUGUUGGUGGGGAUGGAUCUGCUAGUGAAGUAGUCCAUGCUUUGCUUCUCAGAGCCCAGAAGAGUGCUGGGAUAGAAACAGACCAAAUCCUAACUCCUGUCAGAGCACAGCUUCCACUCGGCUUAAUACCAGCAGGAUCUACUAACAUAUUGGCACAUUCUCUUCAUGGGGUCCCUCACGUAGUAACUGCAACUUUGCACAUUAUAAUGGGGCACAUACAGCCAGUUGAUGUCUGCUCCUUCAGUACCACUGGCAAGCUUCUUCGCUUUGGGUUUUCAGCCAUGUUUGGCUUUGGUGGUAGAACUUUGGCUCUUGCAGAAAAAUAUCGAUGGAUGUCUCCUAACCAACGGAGAGAUUUUGCUGUAAUAAAGGCACUAGCAAAACUUGAGCCAGAGGAUUGUGAAAUAUCAUUUUUACCACUUAAUGUCUCUCAGGAUGACCCAAAAAUGAGGGCACAGGGAUUACUCAACUCUGACUGUAAUGAUCAAUGGCAAAUGAUCCAGGGUCAGUUCUUGAAUGUCAGCAUUAUGGCAAUUCCCUGCCUGUGUUCAGUGGCACCCAGAGGCUUGGCACCUAAUACCAGAAUAAACAAUGGAAGUAUGGCUCUUAUAAUUGCACGAAACACUUCUCGACCACAAUUUAUAAGACACCUGAAAAGAUAUGCCAGUAUAAAAAAUCAGUUCAAUUUUCCAUUUGUUGAGACUUAUACUGUUGGAGAAGUAAAAGUUCAUCCAAGGAACACCACUAGCGGCUGUGGCCCAGAGGAGGAUAAACCGCAUGAAGCUACUUUAGAAAACAGUUUUCCUUGGAAUGUAGAUGGGGACUUAAUGGAAGUUGCAUCUGAGGUCCAUGUCAAAUUACAUCCAAGACUUAUCAGUCUUUAUGGAGGAAGCCUGGAAGAAGUGAAUGAUUUCCAAGUAACAUGUAAUUGUUUAUAAAAGAAAUGUGCAAAUUAGAAUUUUAAUAUGAAGAAAUUUGCUCAUUCUUUAAACAGAUAUCUUAAGAAAAUGUUUUAAAAGUAAAAUUGCUAUUUUUGAUACUAAAAAGCUUCUAGGAGGUUUUUGAAAAUCAAGAUGAAAAUAUGAAAUAUCAAAAACAAUUUAAAUUCUGGUUUGUAUAGGUGUUUAUUGGAACUGAAACAUUUCAUAUGUUUAACCUUUAUGAUAUCAAUAUUUAAUCAAGAUAAUUCAUUUGGACUCUUUUAUUUUACAAGAUUUGAAUCCAUCAUGUACUUCCCUGAUUUUAUGAAUUAGACAACAAAUUUAGAGAAGUUAAAUUCCAAAAUGACACAUUUAGUUGUGUAACCAGAAACAGAACCAUGUUUUUUGAAAAUCUUUCUAAUGCUUAGCCUGUCUGCCAAAAUAGAAUAAUCCCAUCUUUGAGAAAAUGUUGUUCAGUGGUGAGGUUUAUAAAUUCAUCAUAUAGGUAAACUUAAAGUUGAUAACAUUUUAUUUAGAAUUAUGUAAAAGCCUAAUUGGUAGCUGUGUUACUCUUGUACCUGAGAUGCAUAGGUCCAGAAAUCAUAGCUCUUGAUUUCCAACGUAAUUUCUUUAGAGACCAUUCUUGAGAAGACAGUUCUAAAUUGGUGCUUGACUUUUUUCAUGAGGGAGUGAUCCUAGAUAUAUUUCUAAAAGUUAUUUGGCUUUUUAAAAAUUAGUUUAAUUAAUUAUAUGUGAUAGCAGAAUGCAUUUCAUUUCAUUGUACACAAAUGGAGCACAACUUUUCAUUUCUCUGGUUGUACAUGAUGUAGAAUUGCACCAUAUGUGCAGUCAUACAUGUGCCUAGGAUAAUGUUCAUCUCAUUCCACCAUCAUUCCUGCCCCCAUGCCUCCUGCCCUCCCUCCCCUUUGCCCAAAGUUCCUCCAUUCUUCCACACCCCUUCUGCCCAUUAAGAAUCAGCAUCCACUUAUCAGAAAGAACAUUUGGCCUUUGGUGUUUUGGGAUUGGUUUACUUCACUGAGCUUGGUAUUCUCCAACUCCAUCCAUUUACCUUCAAAUGCCAUGAUUUUAUUCUCUUUUAAUGCUGAAUAAUAUUCCAUUAUGUAUAUGUACCACAGUUUCUUUAUACAUUCGUCUGUUGAAGGACGUCUAGGUUGGUUCGUAGUUGAGCUGCUACAAACAUUGAUGUGGCUGUGUCACUAUGGUAUGCUAAUUUUAAGUCCUUUGGGUAUAGACUGAGGAGUGGGAUAGCUGGGUAGAAUAUUACUUGGCUUUUUAUAAUGAUGAUAAAAGCAUAAAAAUGUCUUUUUGACAAAAAGCGCUCUUAAAAUAUAUACAUUUUAGUUUUGCUUGUACACAGUUAAGGAGGCUUUGUGUUCAACUUUGCUCAAAUAAAUGCCUUGGCAAAUCACAGUACAUUUCUCAUUCUCCAGCCACCAGUCUCAGGCUUGUGAAUAAGCAACUUCCAUGAAUCAGAAAAUCUGAGGAAUGGGACAGCUGGCAGCAGAGCCCUUAUGCAAAGCAGUAUUCCCCACAGUAAAGACUGGUUUCUUAUUUAUCUACUUGAUUGCUUCCUAGAACAGAUGUUCAAAAGUUGGCCACAGGUUUCUUAUACACAUAAAGAGAUCCAGAUGAAAUUAUAUUCCAAAGUCACCAGCAUCUAGAUCACAGGCAUCAAAAUAAAUAUUUAAAAUUCAGAAAGCUAUUUCAUUUUAAAAUAGAUCUGAAAAAACAUUAUUAAUGUUCACUGUAUGGAAAUAUUCAGUGAACUAUGAAUUUUGUUUUUCCAUUUCCCUGGAGAAGUGAAUGCUGUUAUAGACCUGAUAAGAACAUAUUCAAAAAGAGUAAUGAAAUAUUACAACCAGGCAAAUGUUUGCUUAAUUUGGGACAGUGACUAUUUAAUACAGUACCAAACAGAUGAAAUGUUAGCCCCCUAAUCAUUCCUGGAACAGCUUUUAUAAAUCACUAUGGAGGCACAGUUUUCAUAUUUCUUAUAUCAGUGUAUAGCAGCUAAAGUGCAACAUUUACAAUCUGUUUCAGAAUAUAAAUUAGAAUACUUGAAUAGUUUUAUAAACAAAAAAGUUUGAAGAUUUAAAAAAAAUUUACUCCUGGGUACUCUUGACAAGUGUAUUAUAGGAGGCUAGUGGAUUUAUACCUAUAGCAAAGUUUACAUUCUUUAAAAAAUGUAUAUAUACAGGGGGGAAAAAUCCGUAGCUGUAUAAUUCUCCACAAGUCAGUCCAUUAAGCUGAAACCAGUGUGUCAUUUCGGAGUAAAACAGUUGCCAUACAAAAUGUGUUACAAAUGCAGAUCUUUAAAAAUAAAACAUGCUUUGAAGUAA